ACAUACUCAAAUGUAAAAUAGUUGCACCACGUUUUAAAUAAAGGAAGGGAGAUAAUUACGUCGCGGGUCAGAGUAGUUAUCAGAGGAGACCCCAGCGUACUUCGGACUAUGGGAGGACAAAGGCGUGUAGCCGUGGUGACCGGCUCCAACAAGGGCAUUGGUUAUGCUAUAGUAAGGGGACUCUGUAAACAGUUUGAUGGGGAUGUCUACCUGACAGCCCGGAAUGAAAGCUUAGGACUCCAGGCGGUGAAAGAUCUAAAGAAGGAAGGACUGAACCCUCAGUUUCACCAACUGGAUGUGACAAAACCAGACACGAUUGUCAAGAUGCGGUCAUUUCUCAAGCACACGUACGGUGGACUGGAUCUGCUGGUCAAUAACGCGGGGAUAAUUUUUGACAUAAAUUCUCCCACUGAAGCAGGUGAUCAAGCGGAGUCUCUUAUGAAGACUAACUUUACUGGGCUCUGUAAUGUGUCAGAGGUCCUCUUCCCAUUGUUACGGCCUCACGCGAGGGUAGUCAAUGUGUCCAGUAUGAUAUCAGUUGCUGCUCUGUUUAAAUGCAGCAAUGAACUACAACAGAAGUUUACUGAUCAAAACAUCAGCUCAGGAGAGCUAAAACGUCUGAUGCAGCAAUUUGUUGAUUGCGUCCAUGCGGGUACUCAUGGUGACUGUGGUUGGCCGACCGGCAAACUAACCAGUGGCUACGGAGUAUCAAAGAUAGGGGCAACGGUCAUGUCCUUUAUACAACAACGGGAGUUUCUUAGAGAUUCCAGGCCGGAUAUCGUGGUCAACGCGUGUUGUCCAGGGUACGUUAAAACUGACCUUACCGGCCAAUUGGGAACAAAAACCACCGACCAAGGUGCAGAGACUCCACUUUAUCUAGCCUUGUUGUCCCAAAACACCGCAACUCCUAAAGGCCAGUUAGUGUCGGAAAAGCAGAUCGUUAGUUGGGAAGCGAAACAAAGCAAGUUGUAAGUUCUUGAGAAAACAUCUGCAGUGAGACAUUGAGUGAGGAAAAAUGCAUAUUGGAAGAAUUAAAAAAAAUGAGUUGGUGAGAUAUAGUAACUAGGGAAUGUAAUGAUACAAUUUGAAACAAAGGUUGGAAGCUGUUAACUGUAGACCAAUUUGUCAACCCUGAAUGUCUACCCUGGACUGACUUUUUAUAGGAUUCUAGGUCUAACAAUUUUAAACAUGCAAAGCAAAAUAUGGCUUUAGCUUGUGCUUCAGAUAUACUAGGGAAUUAA